AUGUCUGUUUCUGUACAAGAGCUGGACAGCACAGUCCGCGCCUUCUUUGAAGGCAAGGGCGAUGUGCAAAAACAAGCUCAGCAGACCCUCACUGAAUUCAAGCAAAAUCCCGAUGCUUGGGUAACUGUUGGCAACAUCCUACAAGAAGCUUCCUAUCCCCAGACCAAAUAUAUCGCUCUUCAGGUCCUUGACGAUGUGAUCAUGACGCGAUGGAAGGUCCUGCCGAGAGACCAGUGCCAAGGGAUUCGGAAUUUCAUCGUCAAUUUCAUCAUCGAAAACUCUGGCUCUGAGGAGAAGCUUCGGACCGAAAAGGCCUUCGUGAAUAAACUAAACCUCGUCCUGGUCUCGAUCCUGAAGCAGGAAUGGCCUCACAACUGGCCGACCUUCAUCAACGAAAUCAUCUCUUCCUGCCAUUCCAGUCUCUCCAUCUGCGAAAACAACAUGGCCAUUCUGCGCCUGUUAUCCGAGGAAGUUUUUGAUUUCUCACAAGAUCAGAUGACCUCGGUCAAGGCUCGAAACUUGAAGACCUCCAUGACCCAGGAAUUUGCCUCCAUCUUCCAACUUUGCUCCGAGGUCCUCAACACCGCUAACCAACCGAGUCUGGUCAAGGCGACCCUGGAAACACUCCUGCGCUUCUUGAAUUGGAUCCCUCUGGGAUACAUCUUUGAAACCCCCAUCAUCAACACCCUCCUGACGCGAUUUUUGGGAACCCCCGAAUUCCGAAAUGUCACUCUCAAGUGUCUCACCGAAAUCGGCGGCCUGCAAAUUGGCGCUCCGUACAACUAUGAUGAGAGGCUGGUUCAUAUGUUUACUGAGACUUUGACGACUGUCUCCACCGUGAUCCCCCUCUCGAUGGAUCUAAAGGAGACAUACGCGCAAAGCAACGGCAGGGAUCAGGAGUUUGUCUCGAAUCUGGCACUCUUCCUGUCCAGCUUUUUCAGCGCCCACCUGGACCUGAUUGAGAAGCUACCCAACCAAGACUAUCUCACACACGCCCAUUUCUACCUGAUUCGCGUCAGCCAGAUCGACGACCGGGAGGUGUUCAAGAUUUGCUUGGAUUACUGGACUCGACUGGUGCAAGAACUUUAUGAGGAGAUGCAACAACUCCCCAUCACCGAUAUCAAUCCGCUCGUGACGAUGGGUGUAAGUGGGUUGGCGAACGGCGGAGCGCCUCACCCCAGUACUCUGGCCAACUACCCUCUCCGCAAGCACAAGUACGAAACCGUACUCUCGAACCUUCGCACGGUUAUGAUCGAGAAGAUGGUCCGCCCCGAGGAGGUGCUAAUCGUCGAGAAUGACGAGGGAGAGAUUGUACGUGAAUUCGUCAAGGAGAGUGAUACAAUCCAGCUUUACAAAACCAUCCGAGAGUGCUUGGUCUAUCUCACACAUUUGGAUGUGGUGGAUACCGAGACCAUUAUGAUUGAGAAACUGGCGAAGCAAGUUGACGGAACUGAAUGGUCCUGGGUGAAUUGCAAUACCUUGUGCUGGGCAAUUGGAUCAAUCUCCGGAGCCAUGAACGAGGAAACGGAGAAGCGGUUCCUGGUCACUGUCAUCAAAGACCUUUUAGGUCUAACGGAGCAAAAGCGCGGAAAGGACAACAAAGCCGUGGUGGCGAGUAAUAUUAUGUACAUUGUGGGCCAAUACCCCCGAUUCUUGAAAGCCCACUGGAAGUUCCUGAAGACCGUGGUGAACAAGCUUUUUGAGUUCAUGCAUGAAACACACGAAGGUGUCCAGGACAUGGCUUGUGAUACAUUCAUCAAGAUCGCCAACAAGUGCCGACGACACUUUGUGGCCCUGCAACCCGGGGAGAAUGAGCCUUUCAUCGAGGAAAUUGUCCGGAACAUGAGAAAAAUCACCAUGGAUCUUUCUCCUCAGCAGAUCCACACAUUCUAUGAAGCAUGUGGCUAUAUGAUCUCUGCACAAGGCCAGAAGGGCCUUCAGGAUCGCUUGACUGAAAAUCUGAUGGCCUUGCCCAAUUCGGCCUGGGACCAGAUAAUUGCGGAAGCCAACCAAAAUGCUGCGAUUCUCCAGGAUGCCAACACCAUCAAAAUCAUUGGCAACAUUAUGAAGACCAACGUUGCAGCUUGCUCAUCUAUUGGAACCUACUUUUAUUCCCAGAUUGGCCGCAUCUUCCACGAUAUGUUGAACAUGUACCGCGCCUCCAGUCAAUUGAUCAACGAUGCGGUGGCCAGUGACGGACAAAUCGCUCCCAAAACACCUAAAGUUCGCGGACUUCGCACCAUCAAAAAGGAGAUUUUGAAGCUCAUUGAUACCUAUGUCGAGAAGUCGGAUGAUCUCGAAAUGGUCAAUGCAAGCAUGGUGCCGCCCCUUCUUGAGGCAGUUCUAAUUGAUUAUCACCGCAACGUCCCGGAUGCACGUGAAGCAGAGGUCUUGAACGUCAUGACAACUAUUAUCCACAAGCUUCAUAACCUGAUGGAAGACAAAAUUCCCGCCAUCAUGGACAGCGUGUUUACCUGUACAUUGGAAAUGAUCAACAAGGACUUCCAUGAGUAUCCUGAACAUCGUGUUCAGUUCUUCAAGUUGCUCCAGGCGAUCAAUCUAUAUUGCUUCCAGGCAUUACUCAAGCUUGAUGGCCCUCAGUUCAAGUUUGUCAUUGAUUCCUGCAUGUGGGCAUCGAAGCAUGAUAACAGGGAGGUCGAGAACACGGGUCUCACCAUGUGCCUGGAAUUGAUGAACAAUAUGGCCGAAACUGACGUACAGACUGCAAGCAUUUUCUUCCGUCAAUUCUACAUACCCAUUCUUCAGGAUGUUUUCUUCGUUCUGACCGACAGCGACCAUAAGGCUGGCUUCAAAUCCCAAGCUAUGCUUUUGUCCCGCAUGUUCUACUUUAUCGAAUCUCAAAAGAUCUCUGAGCCCAUCUACACUCCUGACCAGGCUCCUGCCGGCACUUCGAACAAGGAUUUCCUGCAGCAGUAUGUCGCCAAUUUGCUGCAGAAUGCAUUUAAGAAUUUGCAAGAAGUGCAAAUACAGCAAUUUGUGAUCGGGCUUUUCGCCUACACCGAAGACCUGAACAAGUUCAAGACUCACCUGCGUGACUUCCUCAUCUCGUUGAAGGAGUUCUCUGACGAUAAUGCCGAACUCUAUGCUGAAGAACGGGAACAGGCUGUCCGGGAUGCACAGACUGCCGAGAGGAGUCGUGCAAUGAAGGUAGGAGGCUUGCUGAAGCCAUCGGAGAUGGAUCAAGAAGACGAACUGUGA